ACAUGUUUGGUCUCAUUGAGAGUUGGCUUUUUGACCAACUAGGAAUAAAUUGUAAUCUUAAAAAAAUUGAAGAUGGAAAUUUAUUCCAGGAUGGAUGUGUUUUGGUAAAAAUACUACAAAGCUAUGGUUUGGUUGAUGACAAGUUUAGUGGAAUUAUUCAUUCUACCGUUGACAAAACAGUGUGUAAGAAGAACCUUAAACUCCUGAAGCCAAUAUUUGAUAUGUUAAAAAUAAAAUACGAUGACACUAUUAUACAUGGUGUUGCUGAAAAUAAACCUGGAACAACUAUCAACCUUCUUUAUGAACUUUAUACCUGUCUUGAAAACAAACAACACCUCUACUUUGUGACUAAGAACAACUUUGAAGAAGCCUGUCAAGAGAAAGUAAAGAAUAUUCAGGGGUUGUCGGUGAAUACAAAUCAACAAAAACCUGAAAAACAUUCAUCUUCAGAUUUUUGCUUUGAACAACCCCUUAUAAACAAUGCAGAUAUUAUAAAUUGGUAUAGAGACAAGUAUAACAAGGUCAAACACAGCUUGAAUGCAAAAUUGAAGCAAUCAAAAACACCAAUAGCACAAAAAGGGAAGACCAAUUUAGAUGCAGCAUGUGAACCAUGUUUGUGGAAAUCUAAGACGGAUUCAGGAAUGAUUGAGAGUCUUCCUGAACUAAAUGCCUAUUCAAACAGCAGUGGAGACAAAAACCUCCUCGAUUAUAAAGACUUCAUAGCAAAAUACAAAAUCAAACAAAAUAACAUAGCUGCAAGAAAAAGUUUAGAAAAGGCAAUUCAAUAUGAACUAUUGAAAAGUACGUGGAAAAAGAUAGAGGAAAGUCAAGACAAAAUUUACAGCUCAGUUUUGUCAGCUGUUUUACUAAAACAGUCAAACUACGAGAAACAGAUACUAUCAAAAGUUGUACAAGCUCAGAAAGAAGUUCAAGUUCAAAAUGAAAAUAUAAUAUGGGCAAAACAGAGUGUUAUAAAUGAGCAGGAACAGAAAAUAUUCACAGACUUUGAACUAAAAGAAAGAUUUGAAAUGAUGGAACAAAACUAUUGGAAUGAACGAAAGCGUGUCUUAGAACUGCAUAAAAAGUUGUACAGAGAGAAAAAAGAAAUCAUUAAAAGGGAUCAUUACAACAUUUGUAAGGAAACGGUUGACGCAAUAGUAGAAUUGGCCUUAUCUGCCACUGAAUACAAAUUAAAGAAUAAUAUGGAAGUUUCUAAAAGUUUGUGGAAUAACUGGGUACAGCUAUUUGUUAAGUCUUUGCCUGUACGAUCCCAACUUCAGACUGUGGAGGAUGGUAUUUUGGAGGGUGAGGACGUUAACUACGAUGAAGCAAUAUCUUUUGAGAAAGAACAGGAUGAAAUAUUGAACGAAAUUGAAAUUGAUGACUAUUUAUCGACAAGGGGGAGAUGGUUUCACAGUGUUGUUCUCUUAGAACAUGGAGAUCCUAAUGAUAAGAAUCUCGCAGCCAUAGCUUAUCGAUUACUCUGCCUAAAAUAUCCUCUUCCUCCUUCCUCCCCACCACCUGAUCUUCCUGAGUUUAAGGUAACUGGUGUCUUGCUUGAUUUAAACAGCCCAAGCUCUAUCGAAACUAUAAAACUGCUUCUGAGCAAAUCAAGAAUUCAUGUAUUUGAUACGGAAUUGGCUGUAAAAAAGUGUAUUGAUCAGUGCAAAAUUGAAACCCCACAACCUGUAGAAGGUAAACCCAAUGACAAACCAAAAAAUUCAAAAAACAAAACUAUUGACGGUUCGAAACAGCUAAAGGGUAAAAAGAAGAAAGACAAGAAAAUGUCUAAAAAAGACAAACUGAAUGAUGGGAAGAUGGAGAAUUUAGAAUGCAUUGAAGACAUCAUAAAGGUUGUCAAUAAAGAAACUCAAACAUCAAUAAUUUCUGUCAAGGAAGAGGAGACAACAAGAACUCCUUUAGGGUUACUCGGUGAACAGGUUAACAAUAAAUUGAAAGAGGGAAAAAAUCUUGACGAUUGUGAUGUAGCUUCUAUUAUAGUUGAAUAUGUCAAAACACUGGAAGAAUAUGAUGGGUGGCUGCUGUUAAAUUACCCUACCACAAUCGAACAAGCCUUUGGUCUAGAGCUGGCAUUAACUGCCAAGAAAAUACCAGCUGAACAUUUUGAUUCAGAAGUAUUUAAACUUUUAUCAGAAAAGGAGACUGAUGAAUUUAGCAAUAGUAGAAAAUCGAGACUUCUAGAUUUACCAGAUGAAUCAGAGUCUCAACCAUUUGAGUCAUAUUUCAAGGUAUUUAUCAUGAUCAGGGCUGAAGAUAACGAAGUUGUACAAGGCGUGAAUAAAAUGUUUGAAGAUGGUAAAAGCAUAUAUGAAGUAGACAAUGAAUAUGAGGAAGUACAUGAGAACUCAGAUUUAUUGGAUAAAUUUUAUAGAAACUUUGAUAUUUACUCAAAUUUCAAUCUCAAAACCCCUGACCUAAACAGUCUGAAGCGUUUAGCUCGAGUCAUCUUACAAGAAAAUGGUAUUGAGGCUAAACAAUCCGGUGAUCUUUUUGGAGAAGAUAUUUUAAGUAAGUUAACAAUAGGCAAAAAGUCUCCCAAAACAGUGAAGGCUGCGAAAGGUGGCAAAGAAUCAAAGGGGAAAGUUAAAAAAGGAAUUAAAAAAGGCGACUUAAACAAGAAGUCUAAUGAUAUAAAUCAAGAUAACGUUGAAGUAAUUCAUACUGGUCACUGUGAAACAGAUCUUAAAACAACUGACAGUGCAACAAAUAUAAAUUUACCUCCACCUCAGCCAAGUGAAAACCAAAUGUCCAUUGUUAAAUUUGCAACUUUGCCACUUAAUAAUGAAUUUGGUAUCUUUCUAGCUACAAUGUGGGAAAAUAUAGAAACAUGUUACAUAAAUAGCUUGAAAAAUGCUUUGUUUGAAAAUAGAUUUAUAAACUUAAGACUCCAUCCAUACUGUGUGUAUGUGGAAAAAGAACUUAAAAAAGUAAUUGAACAACCAGACUCAAAACAAAAUAUUGUCAAUAAUUUCCAGGAACAAUUCAACAGCGUAAGUGAAGAGCUAAGGGCGCUUACUGAAAUGAAAAGUCAGCUUCACUGUAGAGUAUUGAAGCUGCAACAGGAUCUUUGGAAGAUUACAGAUGAAAGAAAACGAGAAGUAGAAGAAAAGAGGCAAGAUUUGAUCCAUGAAAAUUGGCUGGUUAACGAAAUAUGUUUGUUGAUCAAUAGUUUCUUGAGUUUAAUACAAAUAGAAGUUGAGAGAUCUUUCCAAGUUCUUCAACUUGUUAAUGAUUAUUUUAUGAACACGCUUGAAAAAAUGCCUUCAACCCUGAAAGUCCAUCCUGAGAUGGUGAAUAUUGACAGAAUAAACGCCGAGUCAUUUCUAAAUACUAUUCAAAAACUAUCUGGAGACUCGACAUUUGAGAAUAAUGAUGGAGACAAAAUUGAUAAACACAAUUUUAUAGCGAAUAGCUUAGUUUCUUGCUUGGAUGAACAAAAAACAAUAGAUAUGCUAGAGAAGAUUCUUUCAGAGAGAAUCAAAGAUGUAAAGUCAAACUUUACUUCCAUUUUAAAUGUUUUUCAUGGCCAAAAUAAAUCGGAGAAUAUUGAGGUAUCUAAAUCAAACAAAGCAGAAGUCAUAUCAAAAUCCCCAACAAGGAAAAAGCAAUCAUCAAUCAAACCGAAAAAGGAAUCUGUGAAGAAUAAACUUUCAACGAACUCUCGCAAGAGCGAACAGGAAGUGAAAAACAACAUUUCCGUCAAAGAUAUGAUCAUCGAGGCGUGGAAACAUACAAUAAACGACGAAGCUGAGAGGUUGGAUUUCCGUAUUGAUUUAAUUUAUCAAACUGCAAAAGAAAACGUGAUGGAGUUUUAUUGCUUUGUCGAAGCUGUGUUUUGUAACCGCUACAAGUCUUUACUGUCCAGAUACAACAAUGAAAUUUCAAACAUAAACGCGGUUUGUGACUAUAUAAGGAUGGCGAUAGAAGAAGAAUCGUCUUUGAAUCACCAACUUAUAUUAGGACAAGACAGACACUUCAUAGGUAUCAGAGGUGAUGCAGAAAAUUUCAAACAACAAAGUUCUGCACUGAGGGAACUCAAAGAAGAUUUUCAUGAGUGUUUAUUUACAAUUAAACAGUUAAAUCAGCUGCUUCUCAUCUUCAAGAUUUCUGCUCCUCUGGGUGUUGUAAGAAAACAGCCGCUUUGUUUCAUGUUCCAAGAUCUGAUGUUGCUAGAGUCUUCUGAACACUUUCCAUUUCUACCGAAGAUGUGGAACAGCCUGAAUGAACUUCAAUUAAGAAACGUCUUUGAUGAAAUUUUUGGACCAGAGUUUGGAGUUGAUUGGAAAGAUUUUAUUAUAUAUAACCUUGAAAUACCUUACCCAAAGGUAGACGACAUAUUAUGCCUAAGAAAACAGUUUUUAAUAUAUGACCUGGAAGAAACUGAAUUAAUUUCUGUAGAGCGUUACGAUGAAAUAAAUUUAUGGUUUGAAAGUGAACUUCCUGACAGCCCUGAACAAGGUUUAAGAUUUGCUUUGGUGAAAAAACUUCUAUCAGAAAUGUUUAAAGUGGAUGAAAAUCAUAUAAACUAUACCGCUUUACUCUUGUAUUUCUGCAAAGACUUAGAUCCAGUAAAUGGGCUCAAAAAGGCAUUGAGUUUGACUUUGGGUAGAAAUGUAAUAGUGACACAAUCAGAACUGGACAUGGUUCUUCAGAAUGAGGAGGAAAUAAACAAUGUUGUUGUUUCUCUGCUUGGUGAAAUAAUUGAUAGUAUAGUUAUUUUAAGAGAAGCGGCACAGGUUUAUGAAAUUGUUGAAACACCCUCUCAAAGUUUCUUGACAUGUGAUGUGUCAAGCAAAAGCAGUACCUGGCAAUCUAUUAGAUCUUUAAACUCCGGAAGAUUCGGUUCGUUGAAAAGUAACUCACAACUUGAUUCUCAUCUUUCGUCUAAACAUGAUGACGAUGGCCAAGCAUUCAAUAAGAAUAUCACAAACACCCUUCAAAUCACAAAGUCAUGGGUGACGAGAAUUCCAAUCACAGCUGUUUUAAGUGUUUUGAACGCCUCAUUCUUCUUCCAAGACAGAAGAUUUGAGUUGAAGACCCAAUACUUGAGCUGUUUGGAGGAACAAGGCGAUGAAGAUGGAAUGAUAGAGGCUUAUAAUUUGGUUAAUCUUCCCUGCAUUAAAAAGCUAUUCACCAUGACAAACAAAUUUAAAAUUUCAAAGCCUUGUGAUAUAGUGAUGAGAACAGUUUUAAAAAAAUAGUAGGAGUAAAUUUUAUAGAUUGCUUAAGGAAGUUAUAGUUGUGUUAGUA